AUCCUUUCAUCAUCAUACAAUAUCACUACUGAUUCCAAAGAAAAUGAAGAAAUUCAGCAUAGUGAUAUCUCUUUCCGCACUGCUUACCUUGUUCAUUGCAUGUUCUCUAGAGGCUGACGCUCUUUCUUGCAGCCAAAGCGGCCAAAUCAAGGGAAAAAAGGCCCCCCCUGGAAAAUGCAACCGCGAGAAUGACUCUGAUUGUUGUGUUCAAGGAAAGUUAUACCCAACUUACACAUGUUCACCUCGCGUAACUGAUAACACCAAGGCAACCUUAACUCUGAAUAGUUUCCAGAAGGGCGGAGAUGGUGGAGGUCCAUCAGAAUGUGAUCACCAUUACCACGAUGAUGACACACCAGUUGUGGCACUAUCUACUGGAUGGUAUAACGGAGGGUCACGAUGCCUUAACAAGAUCACUAUCAGUGCUAAUGGUCGAAGUGUGGAAGCCAUGGUUGUAGAUGAGUGUGAUUCAACCAUGGGAUGUGAUGGUGAACAUGAUUAUCAGCCACCUUGUCCGAAUAAUAUUGUGGAUGCUUCGAAAGCGGUGUGGAAAGCCUUAGGGGUGCCUAAAGAUAACUGGGGUGAAUUGGACAUUACUUGGUCUGAUGCUUAGCCAGGCCUCGUUUGUAUUUUAAUUAUCGUUUUAUGCUGUGCUUUUCUUUAUGUUGAUGUGUAGAUGUUUUACUUAUGAGUUUUAUCUGUUUGUAUAUAUGAAUUAGUUUCUUAUUAAAUGUAAGAAAUACACUGCUUUGACUUAUUUUCAAUGAUACAUAAA